CGUUUCUUUGACACACAUCCGGACAUAAUUUGGUGACGGACCACUUUACUUCCGGUCCGGUUGUCAACAGAAGACAACCACGCGACUUCAACGCAGAUAAAAUGCCAAAGGCUCAGAAAGGAAAAGUCCCGGCGAAGGUUGUUCACCCGUUCAGCAGGAAAGCUGCUUAUUUAGCCCGAGAAGAAAUCAGGCUGAAAAAGAAAGAAAGGCAGAAAAAUGACAAAGCCACACGUCUGAGCAGCGUUGGUGAGAAGCUGCUGUGGUUUCAAGGAGCGCUGGAUCCAGAAAAGACGACUUAUACAAGAAAAGAUGCUUGUGACAUCAUUGAAAGGUACCUGCAGAGAUUCGAUUCUGAACUCGAGCAGAUUGAGCUGAUGAACGGGAUCAAAGGCCGGCAGGGUCGUCUCCAUGGCGCCAGAGAGGAUGUCAUCAAACAGACCGUCGAGCGAGAGCGGGCGCAGUAUGAGGGCAUCGGAUUUGAGAUCCCAGACAUCAUCAACGCAAAGCAUUUGAAAACUUUCAGGGAGUGGACCGGAGAUCUGAAGAAACUUCCAAAUAUUAAACUGCGAAAGGUGUCUAACAAAGGUCUGGACACGAGUAAAGAAGGAGAGGAGAAAAAUGAGGCAGAAGAGGAUGAUAUUGAGGAUGAGGAUGAUGAUGAUUUGGACGAUGAGCAGUUGGAUGACAUGGUGCUGAUGUCAGACUGAAACUAAGGCUCCAUACGGGACAGCAGCCUGUAACAGUGUGUUUCAAAUAUGGGACUGAAUGUCAGACUACAAAGACUUUUUGUUACACAGUGAUUUUUAAAACGCUGCUACUCCAUUACUGUCCAGAAGAUGGCGCCAAAACCUCACAGUAGAAACUCAAAUCUUAUCAGUCUGCCCUCCUGUUAAGUCUUGUUACCGAGUAACUUCACACCAGCCAGAUGAGGGGUUCUACGCUCAUGUUUAUUGCACAGACAAAUAUGCAUCAUAUGUAACCUGAAUAUUCCAUUUGAUCCAAUCAGAAAUAGAAAAAAAGGUUUUGACAAAGAUAUAGAGUGCUCUGAUAUUGUUGUGGAUGUAAUGACAGAGAAAACCGAAUUUUCCAUGAUGAUGUGACAGUGAUGCUGAUUAAAAAAAAAACCCAAAUUAAA